AGUGCCCCGCGUGCUCGCCUUCGAGGAACAUAUAUCCGUGCGGUAUUAGUGUUCACGGGAACGAGUUACCUGUCGCACCUUUUUAUCUCUCAAUCGUCAAGCAUCACGUUCACCAGUGGCUUAGCUCUCAGGUGACUUGAACGAGAGACGUACCGGAUCAGUUUUCGAAUUGUUCUGGCAGAGAAGCAACCGUCCAUUGGAGAACCGUUCAGGAUCAUCGACUUUCUAAGAACUUCGGCGACAAUCAAAACUGGAUCGACCAGUAUGAAGAUCGCCACGACCUUGUUCCUUUUCGUAGUUGUCGGCUGCACGUGGCGAGAGACGCUAGGCACAUGCGUGUUUCAAUCGGACUUUGGUUUUGCACUUAACUGUGCCUUCAAAAAGUCCGGCCUCUUCCGAGUACGAAAUCUUGGAGGCGUCAAAGGCUACUUAGGCUUGGGGUUUUCCGUCGGUGAUGAAUUGGGUUUCAGCCAAUCAAUAUCCAAUGUAGAAGUUGCCAAAAGAAGAAGCGUGUCCACUAGGGGAAAUGUGCCAUCCUACGCUAACUCGGUUACCAACCGCGGAGACGUUAGACAACAAGUGCAAAACACUCGGCAAGUGGUGCCUCCUUUCAAGCCUCUGCCAUCGGGUGCGGUUCGGCCGAUUGCUCAGCAACCAGAACGACAGAAAUUAGUUGUUCAGCAAAACAAUACCGCCCUGAGAACCGUACCAGCACCUUCUUUGUCAGUGACGCAGCAGGAUUUACUGAGACAGCAGCAGCAGCAGCAGCAGCAGCAGCAGCAGCAACAGCAACUAAUUCAACAGGAAUCGAAACAGAAACAGCAACAGAAGCUACAGCAGGAGGCGUUCGCGUUGCAGGUGUUGAAGCAGCAACGACUACAACAACAGGAAGCUAUGAGACAGCAACAGCUGCAAAAGAUCCAACAACAACAGAAACUACAGCAGCAACAAUUAGCGGCGCAGCAACAGUUAGUGGCGCAGCAACAGAAGAGGCAUCAGCAGAUGCAAGUGAAGAGAGAACAGACACCGCAGAUUCUCGCGGUUGCAGCUGCGACGCCAGGAAAACUACCCAAUAUCGUCGCCGCAAUUCCGCCAGCUGGAAGCAUAAUAGAUCCAGAAUCUGUGUCGAAACCGAUCGUUGCAAGCGGAGGUCUGCCACCCUUUAUCUCGAUGCCACAAUCGUCGGCACAGUUGACUGAUCGAAUUAGCAACAGCCCAACGAUCGUGGAAGAUGCCGACAAUGAAGUAUCGAAGGACGACAAUCAGCUGCCAUUACCUGGAGACGACGUAGCUUCUUCCGUGAAUGAGAUGACAUUGCUAUCUUUGCACCCAACGGCCGUUGAGAACAGUCACAGCUUGCAUCAACAACAAACGGAGAAACGACAAUCGUUGCCAUCGUCUUUGCCAUCCUUGGCACCGAUUCAAGGCAUGGAGACGUCGUUGAAAGCUCUCGCGGAAGCUAGCAACAUCACCCUCGAAGCUUUAGAAGCGGCUAUUUUGCUCAGGCAACAACAGCUUCUGCGGAAACAACAAGGGCCAACGACUUCAACUACUACUACGACAACAUUGCCUCCGCCCAAAAACAAGUAUAACUCUGGAGCCACAAAAGUGAUGAAUGCACCUCGAGAAUAUUAUCCUUUGGGUUAUGACAAAAACUUCGAUGAUAAUUUUGCUAGUCGUGUUGAUCUUCCGGAUACGAGUUUCUAUUGCGGUGAUCAGAAACAUUUCCCAGGGCUGUAUGCUGACGAGGACCUUGGAUGCAUGGUAUUUCACGUCUGCGCUCUAACUGACGACGGGCUGAUCAUGAAGAGCUUCCUGUGUCCUGAAUCGACGCUGUUCGACCAAACGAUCCUCAAGUGCAACUGGUGGUUCUACGUCGAUUGCAAAUCAUCGAAAAGUCUAUACGACAGCAACAUUCCAAUCAGCAAGAGCUAUCAGCUAAUGAAAGCUCUCGCGUUCUUCUCAGCGUACAAAAAUCACGACAAUAGUACAACCAAUGCUCAAGAUAGCUUAGAUCCCAAUAGCUCUUGAAUCUUCUAAGAAGUAUAGAGACGAGUCGUCGAUCAUCACUGAAUAGUCGUGCAUCUAUUGUUAGGUUUUAAUCGGUUCUACGAUUGCCAAUUAAUGUUCUCCUAAUCCAUUAACUCUCAAAUGAUCUUGAAUUAUCGCGUGUAUCGAUGAUUUAUUUAUAAAUUAAUGAAUUAAGUAUCAUUCUUAGUGGGAAAUUAAUGGAUUACAAAGAAUUGUUUUAAUAAAUGUAUAAGUCGAAACAUAUUAUUCGAUAGAUUUUCGUUCUGCAGUGUAACGAUUCUUUUCGAAUAUGUAGACUGUUGAAGUUUAUGCGAAAGCUCAUCAUAAUUCGCUUAUUUAAACAUUGAUUAAGAUUUAUGAUUAGACUGUGGAUCUUUAAGCAAAAUAAAAAUCGUAGUUAAUUGCAAGGAUAGAUAAGAUGAAAAUGUAUUUCAUUUUUUAAUAUUUGUAACAAGAUGCAAGUAAUGUAACAACAUCCUCAAAUUCUUCUAAUGCCUUGACAGUUUUGAAUUUGAUUUAUUCAUUAUUCUCACGAAUGCAUAAAAUCCACAAUCUAUGAUAAAGGACAAACUUACUUGAACAUGAACUAAUAUAUUGUCGAAUUGAGAAUGCGACGAAAAUUGAAUUUGAAAAGUUAUUCUACGAAACUCACAGUCUACAGGGAACUAUAAGCACUGCCAAUCUUAUUGCAAACGAUGGACGUAUGUACAUAUAAUUUAUUGCGUUCGUACGUAGUAUUUGUAGCAGAUAAUUUUUUUUACAAUAAUGACUGUAAAUAGUUUUAUGUUGGUCUCUUCUUCGUUGAUAUGGCUUGUUCAAUAAUAAUUCUAUUUUCCAUAACGAUAA